UUGACUGUUCAGAAAACCAAAGGCGACGUGAAAGACCUUUCCCUGGCCGGGGCCGGCGUGGACCGGAUCCGCUGGGCCGCGCGUGAAAUGCCGGUCGUAAACAUGAUCACGGAGCGGUUCCAGCAGGAGCAGCCCCUGGCCGGCAUUCGGAUGGCCGCGUGUCUCCACGUCACCACCGAGACCGCCAACCUCGCCAUCGCGCUGAAGGCCGGCGGCGCCGAUCUGGUCGUGUGCGCCAGCAACCCGCUGAGCACCCAGGACGAGACCGCCGCCGCGCUGGUGCAGGAGUAUGGCAUCCCCACCUACGCCAUCAAGGGCGAGGACAACGCGACCUACUACCAGCACAUCAACGCGGUGCUCGACUAUGCCCCCAUGGUCACCAUGGACGACGGGGCUGACCUGGUGGGCAUCCUCCACAAGGAGCGCAGCGACCUGCUGGCCAACGUCAUCGCCGGCACUGAGGAGACCACCACCGGCGUGGUUCGCCUCACCGCCAUGGCGGCCGAUGGGCAGCUGAAAUACCCCAUCAUCGCCGUGAACGAGGCCGAGACCAAGCACUUCUUCGACAACCGCUACGGCACCGGCCAGAGCACUCUGGACGGCAUCACCCGCGCCACCAACAUCCUUUGGGCCGGCCGGCGCGUGGUGGUCGGCGGCUACGGCUGGUGCGGUCGCGGCGUCGCCUCCCGCGCCCGCGGCAUGGGCGCCCACGUCAUCGUGACCGAGAUCAACCCCGUGCGCGCCCUGGAGGCGGUCAUGGACGGUUUCCAGGUUAUGACCGGCCUCGAGGCCGCGAAGCAGGGCGAGGUGUUCAUCACGGUGUCCGGCGGCUGGCACGUCAUCGGCAAGGAACACCUCGCGGUCAUGGCCGACGGCGCCAUCGUCGCCAACAGCGGCCACUUCAACGUGGAGAUCGACAUCCCGGCGCUGGAAGCCAUGGCGGUCAGCCACCGGGAGGUCCGGCCCUUCGUCGAGGAAUUCCAGAUCGCCGACGGGCGGCGCAUCUACCUGCUGGGCGAAGGUCGCCUCAUCAACCUGGCCGCCGCCGAGGGACACCCCUCCGCCGUCAUGGACAUGAGCUUCGCCAACCAGGCCCUCAGCGCCGAGUACCUGGUCAAGAACUACACCAGCCUGGGCAACGGCGUGCACGUGGUGCCCCGGGAAAUCGACGCCGAGGUCGGCCGCCUCAAGCUGGAGUCCAUGGGUAUCACCAUCGACACCCUAACGGCGGAACAGACCGCCUACAACGAAAGUUGGGAAGAGGGGACCUAA